GGCAGCCUUGAAAGGCUUUCAAGAAGAUAGGACAAGCAACGAGAGCCAGGAAAAAUCGGUGAAGGAAGGAGAAAGAAGCAGGGUCCCCCAGCUGAGAAAUAGGCGAGGAUCCUGAGGCAGGGCCUGCAUGGCCUCCCAGGGUGCCCGAGGGGAGCAGAAGCCCCUUCUUGGGCGGGGGGAGGCCCCAGGGAAGCCUGCCCCGUCUUCCUUUGAGGGCAGGAAGGCCGCCUGUGCGGCUGUGCUGGUUGUGGAGAUCCUGGAGCGGGCCGCCUUCUUCGGAAUCGUCUCUAACCUCGUGCUGUACCUCAACAGCAGCAACUUCAACUGGGGCGGGUCCCAGGCUUCGCGGGCUGUGCUGCUCUUCAUGGGGGCCUCCUACCUCCUUUCGCCCAUCGGAGGCUGGCUGGCGGAUGUCUACCUGGGGCGCUACUGGACCAUCACGCUCAGCUUCCUGCUCUACCUGCUGACCGCCUGCCUGCUGCCCACCUUGGCAUCGGAGGAAGGGCGGCUCUGGCUGUGCGGAGAGAUGCCAGCUUCCCAGCUGGAGCCCUCGUGCCAGAAAGGUACCGCCGAGGCCCGGUGCAGGCACCAGUGGCCAAGUCAGUACUGUGCCCCGAUCAUAUACACAGGCCUGCUGCUCCUGGCCCUGGGCAUCAGCUCCGUCAAGGCGAACCUCACACCGUUUGGUGCUGACCAGGUGACGGAUCGGGGCAGGGAUGCCACUCGGCGUUUCUUCAACUGGUUCUACUGGAGCAUCAAUAUUGGGGCGGUAAUCUCCCUGCUGGUGGUUGCCUUCAUCCAACAGAACGUAGACUUCCUCAUUGGCUACAUCAUCCCUGCUGCCUGUCUGGCCCUUGCCCUCGUGAUCUUCCUCUUGGCUGCCCCCAUCUUUGUCACCAAGCCUGCUUCUGGUAGCCAGGUCUCCACCAUCUUCCAGCUGGCCCUCCAGAGGAGCUGCUGCAGCCAGGCUCAUCAGAAGACAACCACCAAAAUCAGAGCAAGGAAUACCCAGUCAGGAGCUGAUGUUGCUGACCUACAGGCAGGUCCAAGGCAGCAGCUUGUGGGGCCAUCACCUGAGGAUGUCUCCAACUUCCAAGUGUUGGUGAAGAUCCUACCUGUGCUCCUCACCCUCAUCCCAUACUGGAUGGUCUAUUUCCAGAUGCAGUCAACCUACUACCUGCAGGGUCUGCACCUCUUCAUCCCCAACUUCUUUGAGAGCAGACAUCUGAACAUCAGUGCUUACGCAGCAGCCAGCCGUGAAGGCUACACACUCCCAGAUGCUUGGCUCCUUCUAGCCAAUGUGGUUGUUCUGCUGAUCCUGGUCCCACUGAAGGACCGUGUCAUUGACCCAUUCCUGGCAAAGAGGAAGCUGUUGCCUUCAGCACUAAAGAAGAUGGCUCUGGGCAUGUUCUUUGGCCUUGUCUCCGUCCUCUGUGCAGGCGUUCUGGAAACUAAGAGGCUGGACUAUGUGAACAACAACCAGACCAUCUCACAGAAUAUUGGGAAGGAUGAUUACAUUGCAGCCCCACUCUCCAUCUUUUGGCAAAUCCCUCAGUAUCUGCUUAUUGGCAUCAGUGAAAUCUUUGCCAGCAUUCCAGGACUGGAGUUUGCCUACUCCGAGUCUCCCAAAUCCAUGCAAGGAGCCAUCAUGGGUCUCUUCUUUUUCAUUUCUGGAGUGGGGUCACUUCUAGGAUCUGGCCUCUUGGCUUUCCUCUCACUGCCAGUCAUUGGUUGGAUGCACUGCCCGGAGGAUUAUGGGAACAUUAACAAAUGUCGGAUGGAUUAUUAUUUCUUCCUGCUGGCGGGCAUUCAGACAGUAACUUGCAUCCUCUUCAUCUGGAUCUCUGGCCGCUACGAGCAUCAGCACAUGGGCCGUGAGAACAACUGAUCCAGGCUGUGUCCCCCAGGACUUCUAGAAGGCGCCUGUGCUCCAUGGAUCUCAGCAUGCUGAUUUACACCACCGCUGCUUUAGUAUAUAGUUAACUGAUAGGAUCUCGGGGAGGCCAAUGAGCUAUAAAAGGAUUAGAGAAAUGAAUAGCUGGUGGAAGCAUUAGUGGCAGCCAGCCAAGGUACUCAAAGACUGCAGCCACAUAUUCAGGGUAUCAUUAAUGCCUUAUCUCCCCAAGCUGAGCGUCAAUAAUAGAGUAUUUGGAGGCCUGGAGCCAAAAUUACCAGGAAUAAAAAGCUAUUCGUAUCUGAAUGAGGUGGACCAUUCCCCGACCCAGCAGCCAUCCCUCUGAGGGGCAGGAUUAAGUCCCAAAGAAGAGGGGAGUUCUGUGCAUACACGUUUCCUGGUGUCAGACCAUUCUUUCCUUAAGUCACUAGAGAGACUUCUUGAAAAUUGACUCCCAAACCAUAUUGCUCUCCCUAGGCAAGGUAAGGAUGGGUGAAGCAAAUGGUGAUGUCAUAAGAAUGAGAUAGCACCUUAUUUGCAGAAAUCCUUUUUUUUAACUCCUAGUGAUAGGUUGUGAGAACAUGUGUGUUCUUCUCUUCUGAGAAUUGACAUCAUCAUAAAGAUGCAUGUUAUUA